ACACUACUAUAUAACAAAUAAUUUGAGGAUAGGAUGGCAAACCUCCAGCACAUGCAAUGGUUCUCUGCAGGAUCUCCGUGUAUCCCCCUGCAAGGAAACAUGCCGCUGUUGCCCGCCCCCAUACCUCGCCUCCCUCCUCAAUCCAUGCUCACCAGACCUGGAAUAUUCACUGAUAGACCAUUUAAACCGGUAGUCCCUCUCGACAAGUGGAUAUUUCCUGGAAACGAUCAAGGAGUAAGAAGCGAAGUGGAGAUGGUUCAGUUUAACAACUCCGGAUACACGGACUGGAGCAGCAGGAUCAAACAUACUAGCUACCCUAAUGAUACAUUAUUCAAGAUGGGAUCUCCUACAUAUCUCGAGAAGCCGAACAUUCUCAACAUCUUUGACAUAAAGCCCAACAGAAUCACAAUGAAGAUGGAUAUUUCCUACACAGAUCACUCCUUUAUUAUAGGUAGAGGAGGUCACAACAUUCAGUCAGUGAUGAACGAGACCAACUGCCACAUUCAUUUCCCUGAUAGUAACCGGACUUCUUGUAAAGAAAAAAGUAAUCAAGUAUCACUCAGUGGAACAGAGAAAGGGGUUGAGGAGGCUAGAGUUAGAGUCAGGAGCAUGUUGCCGUGUACGAUGAUGGUGGAAGUAUUUCCCCCGCCCUCCGGCCCCACCCACCUCGACCCACACCACCCUAGGAUACUACAAGUAGCAGCAAAGUACGGGGUUAUGAUCUCGUUCCGAGAGCAACCCACUAUGAUAUCGUUCAUGGUUGUGGUGAAGGGCUGUCCAAAGAGACCCCAACAAGUGGCUAGUGCUUUGAUAGAGAUCACAGAAAUCUACUGCAACACCUCCGUGCCGAGACUGGAAUACACUGCUCAGCUGGACAUCUCCCCCCAACACCAUAUGUUCGUAGUGGGCAAGAACAGGUGCAAUCUACAGGAUAUCAUACGCAAGACUGGCACAUUGAUCCAGUUUCCUGACGGGACUCAAGUAACAGGUCCCAGGAGGAGUGCUGUUAUGAUUACUGGGGCUUUUUAUUCUGUCAUCGAGGCUAAAAAACUUCUCAUGGAGCAACUACCUAUUUUCCUGAUGUUUGACGUGAAACAGGACACUGCAUUUGUCAACGAUACUCGUUUGUUAACGUCGAUUAUGGAGAAACAUUCAGUGUACAUCUCGAUAAAACCAAAACCAAAGCAAUGCUGCUGGACAGUAGUUUUGAAGACGAAGGAGCGGAACACACCCAACCUCUACCUCGCAAGAAAUGACCUUAUCACAGAAAUGGAAAACGCCUCCCCUAGGAACAGUUCUCCCUGGCACUCAGUUUGUUCCAGCUCUAGGAGCUCGCCCACAUCUGCUAAUACAGCUGACGAUACUGACGAACUGACUAAAUCUCUCGCUCAACUACUUUCUCCGCUCGCAAAACAACGUCCUCUUAUAUUAGAGACUGAUUAUAAGGAAAAGCAACUUCUCGCCUUUAAUGCUGUUAACGAACCAGACUUCAGUGUUUCCCGGAAUCCGACAGAUAUCUGGUCAGGGUUCGGAUUGUCCCGUUCUGUCCCAGCUAACGUUUGGAAGAUAGAAAAGGAAGAAAUGCAGAAAAUAGAAGAAAGAAAAACUAGUGGGACCGCUGAUUUUCCGGAAUUGUUUGGAGAUUGUACUCCUUGCCAUGAUCUGCCCAGUCUUCUUACCAAACACGGGUUGUCUCAGUACCUGACCGUGUUGCAAGCUCAAGAAGUGGAUUUCUACACUUUCUUAACUCUUACAGAUGAGGACCUCAAAGAACUGGGGAUCACAUCUUUCGGGGCCAAGAAGAAACUUGUCACAGCUAUACAGGAGGAGGGAAGAUUACAUCAGAUUGAUCACAACAGUAUUCUAAAUGCCAGCAACCGGUGGUAGUUGCCGGUAACCGGUGGAAAAUGCCAGUAGCUGUGGCACAACUGAUCAUUUAUGAUGGCUGGAACUGAGGGUCUUGUCUAUUCUUGAAUUUAU